GUCCCAGAAGCCCAUUGUAUAGAGCGAAGGAAACCCUGUGCCGUGAGCAGCCAUCUUGGAUAGACUGAUCAUACUUGAGCCAGGAUAACCUGCAUUCCUCUUCUGAACAGCUCAAGAACACAAAGCUCUAAAGACUUAAUAUCUGAGCCACAAUGGCCACCGCACCGUACAACUACUCCUACAUUUUCAAAUACAUCAUUAUCGGGGACAUGGGGGUAGGGAAGUCAUGUUUGCUUCACCAGUUUACAGAAAAGAAAUUCAUGGCGGAUUGCCCCCAUACGAUCGGCGUGGAGUUCGGUACGAGGAUAAUCGAGGUGAGCGGCCAGAAGAUCAAGCUGCAGAUCUGGGACACAGCGGGGCAGGAGCGCUUCAGGGCGGUCACACGCUCCUACUACCGCGGAGCCGCAGGGGCGCUCAUGGUCUACGACAUCACCAGGAGAAGCACGUACAACCACCUCAGCAGCUGGCUGACUGACGCCAGAAAUCUCACCAACCCUAACACUGUGAUCAUUCUCAUAGGAAACAAAGCGGACCUGGAGGCCCAGCGGGACGUCACGUAUGAGGAGGCGAAGCAGUUUGCCGAGGAGAACGGUCUGCUGUUUCUGGAAGCCAGUGCAAAAACAGGUGAAAACGUUGAGGACGCCUUCCUGGAAGCCGCCAAGAAGAUCUACCAGAACAUCCAAGAUGGCAGCCUGGACCUGAACGCUGCCGAGUCGGGGGUCCAGCACAAGCCGUCGGCCCCUCAGGGCGGCCGGCUAACCAGCGAACCACAGCCCCAGAGGGAAGGCUGCGGAUGCUAAUGACCAAGCAAACCCGCGCCAUCCCUCUCUUCUUUCCUCCUUCUCUCUCUGUCCCCCCCCCCCCCCACACCCACCCUUCCAUCCAUUCCUCCACCUCCGUACGUCCAUCCUCCCUCACUGCACCAGGAGCAUCAGAGAAGGGCUGCGGAGUGAAGGACUGAGGGAUGGAUAUCGACUUGGGCCAGACUGAGCUGGGCUGUGUGGACUACAUCUCCCCCUCCUUCUCUCUCUCUCUCUCUCUCUGUCUCGUCCCUUCUCUCUCAAAUCUGUCAGUGUGUGUUGUCAUCCCAUAACUCUCUUUUACUCCCCUCCGCUCCUCUUGCACCAUUCAGUCUAGUCCCUCCCCCCCGUCACAGUAUGCUAGACGUCGCCACGCAUCACACGGGUUACUGACACGUUAGAUAGACGUACCGCCCAUACGAUCACGAUAAACCGAGACUGUUUUUUACGUUGGGUUUUAUAACUAUCUCAUCCACCGCUCAUCACUUCUGAACGAAUAGGAUCUUAAAUGAUACUCUCCUAACAUCCCUCCUGCAUGGUCCUCCACUCGAGACAUGCGGGCGUGAUAUCUCACUCCCCUAAUUUUUGGCGGGAUCAGACAGUGACACAGGGACAGGCAGAGGGUCUCCAGUGGUUUUCAAAGCCGAGAGAGCGUUCCAGCAGGAUUUAAACCUGAUUGUGGUUUUUAAUUCUGUUUCUGCUGCUCGGCACCGAGAGUUCCCUUUGCCAGAUGUGGCAACACUGAUGUUCUCAGGAGAGAGGAGGAAUAAUUCACAAAACCAGAAAAAGUUAUUCCUCAACCUCUCCUCUGAGAAAUCACCGGAAGGAAUAUUUUCCAGCUCGUCUGGGGGUAUCAACUGACGACAUGGCUUUCCUGUUUUUGAUAGAUUCAUUCACAUCGGUUUCUUUAAACCAGCUCUCCCUCUCGUCCCCCAAGUCAUAUCAACAGAUUCUGUCUUUACCAGCAUUUUCUUUGUCAUUGUUUGUUGCCUUACUAUAAUUAAUGUGACUACUCUUUAAUCUCUAUUAUUGUAUCGCUGCACUCUUCACACUGCUGUUGGACUCACCCCUGAGUCAGGGAAUCAACUCUUUUAGAUUAAGCAUUUUACCGGAGAAUGAAAGUGUUGGCGCACAUUGUAUAAAAUAUCAGCAGCAUGGUCACAACACUCCUUUCUCUGAUGCUGAAGAGCUGAUCUGUUCCUUUGGGCGGUUGUUCCUCUGCCUUGUAUAAAACGACACCGAGCAGCAUGCAGCCCCCCAAAACACCUUAUCAGAAACCCAAUUGUCUUUUCUUUUUAAAGUAAAAAAAAAACGUUCUGUACCAUAGUGAUCCCUGAUUGGACGGCUGUAUAUAUCGCUUCUUAACUAUCGGUGAUGACCGCGCUACUUGGAAAUUUAGACAUUUUAUUUGCUGGCUCUGCCAAGAUCUGUACAGUUGAUGUGCUCGUGGGUUGCCUGUAAUUCAUGCUUGGGAAAUUCUGUAACAUAGUUUCUAUUAAUAAAUGUAUGUAAAGGACAGACACCUAACCCCCCCCCCCCCGGCCCCAACCACCCUGUCUGCACACUACUGAACCUGUCGAUUGGUUGAAGGGAGAGGAAGUGGAUGGAUAUGAUGUGAAAACUAGUAUUUAUGUCUGCAAACUCUAAUUCCUUAUUUCUUUACGGAGUGGAGCAUGGGGCACUUUUCUGUUUAUAUUCUGUUUUUCCACCCCAUCAUCCCUCCACCACAUGGGAGGGGCCUGCAUCGCUGUCUUAACUUUUUGGGGAGUGGGGAUUGGUUUGUUAUUGUAGGAAGUUGGUGGGCUGGGUCUUCCUUUUUCCUGUGUCCCACCCUCUUUGCAGUCUUGAGUGACCACUUCCUGCUUUUGUCUGUCCACAAGUACAACAAAAAGUACAUAUGUAUAAAUUUUUAAGGAGCUGUGCUAACAUUUAAAUGCAUUGAGUGUAUAUGAUUUUAAAUUGUUGACAUUUUGAUUUUAAUGACAAAAUACUCUAGACAGAAAAAAAUAAAUUAUACAUAACCUGUU